UCAUCAAGUCACAUUAAUCAGUUUUUGGGUUUCGGUUCGCAUUUUCGAGCGUCUCACUUACUUAACCCUGGCGACCUUCUGGAAAGUUUUAAAAAGUCUUUCCAGUCUGCACUGUAAAAGCGCGAACCGUUCCUCUGCUUCUAUUUUGCUAUUCCAAAACGAAAAUGAGGUCUUAUUUUGCUGUUUUAUUGUUGCUGUUCCUGAAGUACCAUUCUGUGGAAUCAGGAUCAUCUUGUCCUUCUUCGAAAAACAUGUACCCCUGCUCGUGCACAAAUUUUGAAGAUGGAUUGACGCUGGUCGUAUGCCCCAGCAUACAUAACACAUCUCACUUAGAAGAGGUCACAAAAUCAAUGAAGAGCAUGAUCAUUGACCGACUGCUGUUACUGAACACAUUUGAAGGGAACAAUGAAGUGGAGGACUUCUCCAAUGCUGUCGAUCCCAAGACUAAGAUCCCUUUACAGGGGGUCUUCCCCAAGAAGUGGCUGUCGGAGGUUCGAGUGCGAGAUCUGGAAAUCCAGAACGCGAACCUGAACGGAUACUUCCUUUUCGACGAUACUUUGGAAGGACAGAGUGAUUUCCUCACCGGCAUUGUGGUCAAGAAUGCUAAUCUCAGAGGUCAUAUUUGCUCCAGCUGCGGGCCAGCGUCGGGAACUGUUGCCCUGGCUACCAGUGAACUCAGGAGGGUUCCAUUAGUGAAGGAGGUUGACUUUUCUUUCAACCAGCUGGAAUUCGUGGAUGGGUCGGCCUUUCCUGCCCAACUCAAGGAACUGAAGAAAAUCGUUUUAUCCAACAAUCAAAUAUCUCGAAUCCACGACAAUGCCUUUUCCAACCUUCAUCAACUCAAUCAUUUGGACGUAUCGAGAAACCGUCUGAAGUCUAUCAGCAGAAAAAUAUUCAGAACUUCAGAUAAUUCUCUUGCAAUUAUCGAUAUCAGCUACAAUUCCAUUCAGUCGUUACCAGAAGAUAUGUUUCAAGCCCUGAAUGGUUUGAAAGAAAUCAAACUGAGCCACAACCUCCUUGAGACGCUUCCGGCCACCACAUGGUCCAGAAUUCCCGCUCUGCUGGAGAAAGUGGAUCUAAGAGGUAACUUCCUGGUCUGCAACUGCACUAUGAACUGGAUUGCACGUCGCAUGAGCAAAUCAACCAAAUUAGUCGCGCAUUGCGUCGCGCCUAAACAAGCAGAAUUUCAGGAGCUCAAACCUAAUCUGGCUUCCAUUACGCAAUGCAGUUAAGAUUUCUGCAUGUGUAAAACAGCUUUUUCAUAUGAAAAUGUGCCAACAGAAUAACUCUCUCAUUUGAUUUGUUCAUAAAUAAAUGUUUGCUUUUCAUAUGCAUUUUAAAUAUUAGAUGUUCCCGGUAAUGUAAAAAACCUUUUAAUAAAAUAAAAUGAUAGAAUGAUAA